AUGGCUGAUGCAUUAAAGAAUGUUAUUGCUCAGAGUCUAGAGUGUCCUGUAUGUCUGAAUACCUUCACCGAUCCCAAGAUCCUGUCUUGUUCUCACACCUACUGCAAGGUCUGUCUGGACAACCUCUUGGAAUACCAUGGCGACCAAAUGCUCCGAUGCCCUGUCUGCAGAGCUAAAACCCAGGUCCCAAACCAAGAUGUCAGCAAAUUACCGGCAAAUUUAGCUUUGAAGUCUCUCAUAGAAGACGUGAAGAACCAAUUCCAGUUUUGCACGAAUUGUAAAACGGAGAACAAACCCCAAGCUGUUGUCUACUGUCAAGACUGUAGCAAGUAUCUCUGUAUUACUUGCCACAACACACACGCUCAGUGGUCAGACUUCAUCAGUCAUGAGGUCUUAGCCAUGAGUGAGAUCCUAUCAGGAAAGGUAUCAGUUCGUAGGUACCGUAAAUGUAGGAAACACCCAAAAGAGGAUGAGGAGUGCUUCUGUUCCGACUGCAGGAGAUUUGCCUGCUUCAGGUGUGUUGUCUUGGAUCAUAAAGACGAAGGACAUCGGAUCAUCGAGGCAACUGUGUAUGAAAGAAGCCAUAUGAAGAGUAGCGAGGACCUCAAAUCAAAGGCGGACAAGAAACGCGCUUGCUUUCAGAAAUACGUUGAUUUCAUUGAUGAACAGAAGGAGCGUGUGACCAAUGUGCAGAAGCAGUGUACAGAUGAUAUCAAAAAAGCAUAUGAAGAAGCAGUCCGUCAGUUGACAGAGAAGAAAGAAAUUCUCAUUGGUGAAGUCAAUGGUAGGAUCGAAGGAGUAGAGAAGGAACUGGACGAAAUGAAGAAAUUGGCUCAGAAGCACAUCACUCACUUGACCACGAUAUCUGACAUGGUAACCAAUAAGACAAAGAUACCGUUAGAUAUGGAUGCUUUGGCUGCACACGACACCCUAUGUCAAGACUUACAAGAGGCCUUAAAACAAAAAGAUCCUGACUACAAGCAACCGAGGCAAUCGAGCAAGAAAGGGAAAUGUGUCAGUUUUAAUAGGAACGUUGGAAUAGACGAGCUAGGUCUCGGUAAAAUCGUAAAUGCAAUUGCAAAGAGCAUCGCUUUGCCCCGUAAGAGUAACAUGAAUGCCAUGGUUAGUACACCAGACGGUAGGAUGGCAGUGGGCUGUGGUAAAGGUGGAGUGGAGAUCUUCUCUGCUGAUGGCCAGAUCCAGGAGAAAGCUUUCAAGGAUGUAAAGAUUCUUGGAGUAGGGUUUCUCUCUGAUGAUCGGUAUGUUAUACUUGAUCGCUCAUCGCUUAACAAUAUCACACUGUACACACUAGAGUACACAAAGUUGAAUGUAAUGUUUGAGACUCUGAGUUACGAUGAUGGUGGAUUUGCUAACCUCGCUGUCGACGGUGAUGAUCAGAUCUAUGUUAGCUACUAUUCAGCCAAGAAGAUCCAGGUAUUCUCACCAGCAGGUGGGAAGGCGACCACGGAGAUAACCUGUGAUGGGUAUAUACCUGAGCAGAUUACUAGUUAUAAUGAUUACCUGAUCAUCGAAUCCUGUCAGACAAUACGAUUGAUUGACAAACAAGGUGUUGUAAAAUAUAAACUAACGAAAUUAGGUGAUUACCUACACUCUGCUGUGUCUCAAGAGAAUACAAUCCUGAUAGCCACGAGGAAGAACGAUAUAGGUUUGGUCAGCAUUGAUGAGUACACUAACGAGCUGAAGCAUGUCCGGAACAUCGUCAUUGAUUACAGGAUUGAGAAGCCUGAUAGACGGUGGUACUAUCUCCAGCAGUACCGAUCAGGAGAGAUCGCUUUCUGUACUCCUGAUAGACUCUAUAUAUUCCACUGA